AUGGGUUCAGCCUUUCUCCUGCAGAACCUCUCCAUAUGUUUCCAGCUCCUCAUGUUCUCCUGCCAGACCCAGGGGGAGAAUCAACCGUCUCCUAAUUUUAACCAGUACGUGAGGGACCAGGGUGCCAUGACCGACCAGCUGAGCCGACGGCAGAUCAGGGAGUACCAGCUCUACAGCCGGACCAGCGGCAAGCACGUCCAGGUGAACGGCAAAAGAAUCACCGCCACCGCCGAGGACGGCAACAAGUUUGCCAAGCUCAUCGUGGAGACGGACACCUUCGGGAGCCGCGUCCGCAUCAAGGGGGCUGAGAGCGAGAAGUACAUCUGCAUGAGCAAGCGGGGCAAGCUCAUCGGGAAACCCAACGGCAAGAGCAAGGACUGCAUCUUCACAGAGAUCGUGCUGGAGAACAACUACACGGCUUUCCAAAACGCCCGCUACGAGGGCUGGUACAUGGCCUUUACCCGCAAAGGUCGGCCCCGCAAAGCCUCCCGCAGCCGCCAGAACCAGCGAGAAGCCCACUUCAUCAAGCGCCUGUACCGCGGGCAGCUGCCCUUCCCCAACAACGCCGAGCGGCAGAAGCAGUUCGAGUUCGUCGGCUCGUCCUCCCCCACCCGCCGGACCCGUCGCACCCGUGCCCCUCGCCCACGCACGUAA